AUGGUGAAUUAUGAGGAUUUUGCAGGUUUGAAUUGUUGUAGCAUUAAAGUUACAGUGAUUUGUGGAUCUGUGAUGAUGAAUUUCGAAGCUGCAGUUGAUGUGGUGGUUGAACGGCGAUUUGAGGACGAUUUUCUAAAUUGUGAAAUGUUGGUUUGUGGAAGAAGGUUGAAGGAGUCAAAUAACUUGGUUGAGUUGACAAUAGAUGAACUUCAAAGCAGCCUUUUGGUUCAUGAACAAAGAAUGAAUCUUCAUAUAGGAGACACUAGAGAUGAGAAAGCAUUGAAGGUUUCACAUGAAGAGCAACAUGGAGGAAGAGGUACAGGUAGAGAUUUUAGUUGGGGUAGAGGCAAAGGCCAAGGUAGAGGAAGACAGUUACCAAACAAAGCCACAAUGGAAUGUUUUAAAUGUCAUAAACUAGGGCCUUUCCAAUAUGAAUACCCAAGAUGGAAGGAAAGUGCAAAUUAUGCUAAAAUUGAUAAAGAAAAGAUGUUGCUUAUGUCUUUUGUUGAAGCUAACAAUUCAAAACAAAAAGAUGCGUGGUUUCUCGACUCCGGUUGUAGCAAUUACAUGUGUGGAAACAAGCAGUGGUUUUAUUUUAUUAAUGAAUAUUUCAAACACUCAGUAAAGCUUGGCAAUGAUUCCAAAAUGGAAGUAAUGAGAAAGGGAACAUUCGACUUGAGAUCAAUGGGUAGUUCAAGUAGUCACUGA